CUCCCCGGACCCGGCCACGCUGAGUCGGCCCCGAGCCCGCAGCCCGGCCCGGGCCAUGUGAGCGGGACCCGCCGCCGGGGCGCCGAGCCGGGCCCGGCACCGCCCGUCGCUCCAGGAUCUCCGGCUGGGUCCAGAAUCCUCCUUGUUCUUGUCGCCACCUCUCCUGUGAAAUGGUCGGCUGCAAUGACAAGCCGUGGCCUAAUUCUGUCUCCUGCCCAGGUGUGGGGAGGGUUGCUGGCCGGUUGGGAAAUGGAAACGAACAACCAUUUUAACUUCCCUGGCCUCCCCUCUGUCCCCACUGCCUCAGGACUGAAGCCCGCACCUUCCUCAGGGGACAGCCCCUACACUAACGGGUCUCCUAUCAACUUCCCCCCGCAAGGAAAAGGCCUGAAUGGCGACAUGAACGGGAAUGGCUUAUCUACUGUAUCUCACACUAGUACUUCAGGGACCUUCGCUUCUGCCGGGCACUCCCUCGACGCCUCCGCCCUGCCCCACCCAUACGACUAUCUCUGGAACUACCCGCCGUACCAGCCCGGCGGCCUCAAGGAGACCCCCGGCGUCUCCCAGUUCUCCGGCCUCGGACAGUACCCGCUCAACGGCAUCCUUGGGGGCGCCCGGCCGUCGUCCCCGGGGCACAACACUAACCCCCGGGGGGGCCAGGAGUUUUGGGCCAACGGCACCUCUGGCUCCAUGGGGCUGAGCUUCGAUUCGCAGGAGCUGUACGACUCCUUCCAGGAUCACAGCUUCGAGCUUGUGCCAAACGGCGCCAGUGGUUUCUACGCGGCCUCCCAGCCCUCCCCCAUGCUGGGCACCGGCCCGGAGGGGUCCUUGGCGGCAAAGGAGAUGCCGCCCGCCGGCGAGGAGACCGGCGCCGCGCUCAUGGGCAGCAAGGAACUGGAGGAGACGCAGCCGGACCUGCAAAUAUGCAGCUACAACAGGUCCGGGACAGGUGUGGAACCGCUCAGCCAGGAAGCUUCCGUCUUGUCCCCGGGCACCGCUGGGAGCUGCCUGGGUGACACCUCUGUCAUCGCCGGUCCCCUGGCAGACCCUCCUCUCCUGAGCGAAGACCCCCUGGAGCCCUUCGAGUCGCUGGCUAGAGACCCAGGGACCGGAGAUCUCUACGAGAUGGACAACUCCCAGCUGGUGAACGACAAGUCUUCUCUGGAGGCUGCUCCGGACAUCUCGACCCUCGACUGCUCCGAGAGCCCCUCCCUGAACAACUCCAGCUCCUUCAGCCUGCUGCCGGACGACAGCCAGGCCCCCUCGUCGCUCUUCGUCAGCCCCGUCUCGCCGCCUGUCCUGGGGGAGGCCGUCUUGCAAGACAGCAGCUUAGACCUGCAGGACGGGGGCGACCCAGGGGAGGAGGAUUCGGAGUCUCUGGAGCGCAGCCCCCCGCUGGAGCCAGAGUCCCCAGCCGCCUGUCUGGAGCAAGAGGAGGAGGAAGAGGAAGAAGUGGCUGAGGACAGCUGCCUGGAGGCUCCAGCCGCCCCGCUCAGUGCGUCAGCAAGGGGCGAAGUCCCCCGCAGACGGAUUGCCACGGUGGAGGAGGUUCGCUUCCCCCUGCAGCACGGGUGGAGGAGGGAAGUGCGGAUCAAGAAGGGCAGCCACCGCUGGCAGGGGGAGACCUGGUACUACGGGCCCUGCGGCAAAAGGAUGAAGCAGUUCCCGGAGGUGAUCAAGUACCUGAGCCGGAAUGUGGUGCAGGACGUCCGGCGCGAACACUUCAGCUUCAGCCCCCGCAUGCCGGUUGGCGACUUCUACGAGGAGCGGGACACGCCCGAGGGCUUGCAGUGGGUGAAGCUGACCCAGGAGGAAAUCCCCUCACGCAUCCAGGCCAUCACGGGCAAGCGUGGGCGCCCCCGCAACGCAGAGAAGGAGAAGGCCAAGGCCAAGGAAGCGCCCAAGGUGAAGCGCGGCCGGGGCCGGCCCCCCAAGGCCAAGAUGGCCGACUUGCUGAGCAAGACCGAUGCCCGGCUCCUGAAGAAACUGGAAGCCCAAGAGGUGCUCAGCGACGAAGAGAAGCUGAAGAUGAGCAAGAUCAAGAAGAAGAUGAGGCGAAAGGCAAGGAACAAACAGAAGCAGGAGGCCAAAGUGCCCAAGCCCAAGGAGGCCAAGAAGAAAGCCAAGGCGAAGAAGGAGAAGGCGCGGCCGGAGAAGCCCAAGGAGAAGGCGCGGCCCAAGGAGAAGGGGCGGCCCAAGGAGAAGGCCAAGGCUGUGCGGAAGGUGGACAAGAACCUGCUGGCCCAGCGGCGGCUGGAGGAGCGGCGCCGGCAGCAGAUGAUCCUAGAGGAGAUGAAGAAGCCCACGGAGGACAUGUGUCUGGGCGACCAUCAGCCCUUGCCAGCCUUCUCCCGCAUCCCCGGCCUGGUCCUGCCCAGCGGGGCCUUCUCUGACUGCCUCACCAUCGUGGAGUUCCUGCACUGCUACGGCCGGGUGCUGGGCUUCGAGGUGCCCCGGGACGUCCCCAGCCUCUGCACCCUGCAGGAGGGGCUCUUCGGCGUGGACGACAGCCUGGGCGAGGUGCAGGAUCUGCUGGUGCGGCUGCUCCAGGCCGCGCUCUACGACCCCGGCCUCCCUUCCUACUGCCAGUCCCUGAAGAUCCUCGGGGAGAAGGUGUCCGAGAUCAGCCUGAACCGGGACACCGUCUCCGAGAUCCUGCGCUGCUUCCUCAUGGCCUACGGGGCCGACGCCGACCUAUGCCACGGCCUGCGGACCAAGCCCUUCCAGGCGCUGCCCCCGGACCGCAAGGCAGCCAUCCUGGCCUUCCUGGUCAACGAGCUCAAUGGCAGUGCCCUCAUCAUCAAUGAAAUCGACAAGACUCUGGAGAACAUGUCCAACUACAGGAGGAACAAAUGGAUCAUCGAGGGCAAGCUGCGCAGGUUGAAAAUCGCUCUGGCCAAGAAGACGGGCCGCCCGGAGCCCGAGAUCACGGGCCUGGACGAGGGGCCUAGGCGGCGCAGCUCCCGGCUCCCGGAGGAGACCAGGGGCCUGGAGGCAGAGGAGGAAGAGAGCCGGGGCCGGAAAUCCCGCAAGGAUGAGGAGGCCAACAUUCCUGCAGCCAGCGUCCCCGAGCUGGAGAGACAGAUUGAGAAGCUAGCCAAGAGGCAGAUGUUUUUUCGGAAGAAGCUGCUUCACGCUUCGCAGACCCUGCGGGCCGCGGCACUGGGCCAGGACCGCUACCGCAGGCGGUACUGGGUCCUGCCCCACCUGGGCGGGAUCUUCGUGGAGGGCUCCGAGGCAGCUACGGAGGAGGGGCCCAAGGACACGGAGCAGGAGGAGGAGAAAGAGGCGGCCCCGGAGAUCUCCCCAGUGAAGAAGGAACCGGUCACGGUGCCCAUCCCUGCCCGGCCAAACUGCCCGGCCUCCCGGGCGCGGGGCCGGCCGCGGAAAAGCAAAGAGGAGCCGGCCCGGCCGGGCGGGCCCAAGCCCCCGCCCCUCAACGGGCUCCUGGAGGACUCAAUGCCCCCCUGCCAGAGCCAGCACGACCUGAGCCAGUCGGCCUUCCUGUCCUGGCUGAGCCAGACGCAGUCGUCCCUGCUCAACGGCUCAGUGCUCACCCCGGACAGCAGCCCCGGGAAGGGGGACCCCAGCCCCCCUGCCCCCGAGGUGCCCGCCCUGGAGGAGAGCUUCCCAGAGACAGCGGAGAAACGGGGGCCCUGGUUCAACCUGCUGCCCAGGACUCCCUGCCAUGCCGCUGCCCCCCUCGCUACCUCGGAGGAGGAGCCCCCCUCACGAGCAGCCCCCCAGCCUCACAGCCUUCACCCCGGGGACCAGCCCAAGGCCAUGGGCAGGCAGCCAAAUGGCCCCGCCUCUCCCCCCCUCGCUUCCACGCCCGUCCACGCCAGCCCCAGGGUGCCCAGCACGUGCCCGAGGGGCCGGGGCGGACCUGAGAAUGCCCAGGAGCCGCCAGGGCAGCCCAAGCGCCGGGGCCGGCCCCCAACCAAGUUCUUCAAGCAGAUUGAGCAGAAGUAUCUCACCCAGCUGAUGGCACAGCCCGUGCCCCCAGAGAUGCAGAGCGGCUGGUGGUGGCUCAAGGACCCGGAGGAGCUGGAGGCCAUGGCCCGAGCGCUGCACCCGCGGGGGAUCCGCGAGAAGGCCCUGCACAAGCACCUCACCAAGCACAAGGAGUAUCUGCGGGAGGUCUGCACCCGCACCACUGCUGAUCCCAUCUUCCAGCCCCAGGCCGCCGGCCCCCCCGUGUCUCAGGAAGCCUUGGCCCGGUGGUCCGUGACGGAGCGGGCCUACGAGAUGGACCUCGCCCUCCUGCAGUGGGUGGAAGAGCUGGAGCAGCGGGUCCUGAUGGCGGAUCUGCAGAUCCGGGGCUGGACGUGUCCGAGCCCCGACUCGGCCCGGGACGACCUGCAGUACUGCGAGCACAAGGUGGGGGCCCUGGAGGACAUCACCCUCAAGAAUCGGCGGGAGGGGUUGCCCCCGCGCCGGGAGGCCACCAACCCCCUGGACCUGGCCGUCCUGCGGCUGGCGGCGCUGGAGCAGAACAUGGAGCGCCGGUACCUGAAGGAGCCGCUGUGGCCCCCGCAUGAGGUGGUGGUGGAGAAGGCCGUGCUGAGCAGCCCCGAGGCGCUGGACCUGGGCAGCACGGAGAUCGCCUACGAGAUCACUCCCCGGAUGCGGACGUGGCGCCAGACCCUGGAGCGGUGCCGGAGCGCGGCCCAGGUCUCCCUGUGCAUCUACCAGCUGGAGAAAUCCAUCGCCUGGGAGAAGUCGGUCAACAAAGUGACGUGCCUGGUGUGCCGAAAGGGGGACGACGACGAACACCUGCUGCUGUGUGAUGGCUGCGACCGCGGCUGCCACCUCUACUGCCACCGGCCCAGGAUGACGGAGGUGCCGGAUGGGGACUGGUUCUGCUCCGUCUGCGUCUCCCAGGCAGGAGGCGAGUAUUACGACGACCCCAGUUCGCCCAGGCGGGGCAAGAAGCGGAAAGGCGGGCGUCUUUUCGGGGGGGGCUUCCCGGAGGAGGAGGAGAGCCCCGGACGCCGGGUCCUGCCGCGGAGGCGUGACACCCUGUCGGUGCCCCGCUACUCAGGGGAGGGCCUGUCCCCCUCCAAGCGGAGGAGACUGUCCCCACGGGGCCAGAGCAGCGACCUGACCUUCUGCGAGAUCAUCCUGAUGGAGAUGGAGUCUCAGGAGGACGCCUGGCCCUUCCUGGAGCCCGUCAACCCCCGGCUGGUGCCCGGCUACAGGAAAAUCAUCAAGAACCCCAUGGACUUCGCCACCAUGCGGACGCGGCUGCUGCGGGGCGAAUACGUGAGCUGUGAGGAGUUCGCUGCCGACGCCACGCGGGUGUUCGACAACUGCCAGACCUUCAACGAGGACGACUCGGAGGUGGGCAAGGCCGGGCGCGCCAUGCGGAGCUUCUUCGAGAGCCGGUGGGAGGAAUUUUAUCAGGGAAAACACGCUCCUAACCCGUGAAGCGGGAGCCCGGGGCUUGUGUGGGGAUGGAGCCCCCCUCCCUCCACGCUCUUGACCUGAGACCUGUCUCAUGCGGGGUGGGGUGGGGAGAGGAGAGACACCCCAUCCCCCCUGCAAAAGAACUGACUCCCCAGGAGCCGAUCUUGCUGCCUGCUGAAUUCCCGACGGAGGCUGGUCCCGACGUGGCGUGGAAAAGGCUCCCCUCCCCACCCCCACCAGGGGGCUUGGGGUAACGGGGCGUCUCCACAGCCCAGCUGCUCCCUUCCCCCCCACCCCACCCCACCCCCCAGCCACCCGGACUCACGGACUGUGUAAGCCAAAAAAGAAAGAAACCGGGCGAUCGCUCGUCGGGUUCCUUUUCUACGUCGCCACCGCCUGACCCGGCAAACGAGGAAAGACCCCCCCUUGGCUGGGAGUAUUUAACAUAGCAAUAGUUCGUAGUGAACGUGUAUGAGGACAGUACCGCUGUGCGCUGUCCCUGAGGCAUUAAUGGCCAGUAAAGUGAACUCAACUCCUCGAGAUUCGCGUCGAGCUUCACGCCCGGACCCGCUCGCAACGACACUGAGACGUGCUGUUUCCACACACCCCUCCCCCCGCCUCGCUGCUUCCCUUCCGGGACCUUCCCAUGCCUUCCUUCCCCUGCCUUUACCUUCCGGGACCUUCCCAUGCCUGCCCCUCCGCCUUUACCUUCCGGGACCUUCCCAUGCCUGCCCCUCUGCCUUUACCUUCCGGGACCUUCCCAUGCCUACCUUCCGGGACCUUUAUACUACCUCCUUCUCUAACCCUAACCCUCUUCCAACCCCCCCCAAAAGGCCCCUCCCUCUCCCCCAUCAGGUCUUACCCUGGCAGACCCUUUAGCAGCGGGUGUCCCUCUGUGUCCCCCACCCACCCCCCUCUGGGUCAGAACCUUCUCUCCUGUUGGACUGUCCCUUCCCCCCACCCCUAUUAUCUGUAUCUGGGGGGGGCGGUAUCUGACACACCCAAGGGACCUGGGCUGGGCUGAGCACGGCCUGGAGCUGGGGGUGGUUCUGCGGGGGGGGGGUAGCUCCUUCCCUGCCUCUGCUCCUCAGCAAGAAACCCCCUAGCCCCAGUGCCCUGGGCUUGUUCAUGGGAUCCCAGCCUUACCUCGGACCCUGACUGUUUGUGCCCCUCCCCCGGGCGUAGGGCUUGUGGUGUUUCCUCUUCCUUCAGCCCCCCUCGCUCCCCAAGCUGGUGGGUUUGCACUCCAUGGGGGGGCCCAGCCCCCCUGCGUGCUCUUCGCAGGCAGCACCCAUCCCACCUUGCCGCAGCAAAGAACCGGCAGGGGGAGCAGGGCAGGACCCCUCCCUUCGGGCUGGCGGCUGCCCCACAACGGGAUGCAGGGGCCAAAGGGGUGGUCGACACACACACACACACACACACACACACACACACACACACACACACACACACACACACCCCCCCCCCCCCCGCCCAAGCCCCUGAAUGGCUCAGCUGCCACCAAGGACUCCGCUGCCCAGUGUGCAAGCCCCACCCCCAGCUCGUGGGAGGCCCCGCCUCUACUCAAGGCUACAUUUUCCCCCCCGCCCUCCCCAGCACCGCUCUCUGGGCCUGGGGGACCUUGGGCGGGGGGGGGCCCUUUGGUGAAGGUGCACCAGGGCCGGUGGCCAACCUCGCAACCUGCUCUAGGGCAGGGGAAAGGCCCCUGGCUCCCGACACUGCGGGGAGCCCAGGCCCCUUGGUCCAAAUGGAGAGUCUCCCUCUGCCCCGUGACCCCGUCCUUGGCUCGGGUGCGGGAGAGCUGGAGGUGAAGGCUUGCUUCUCUUCCCCCCCCCCACGCACCCCCAAUCCUCCCCAGCUGCCUAGGGGGGCUAGGCACCCAGCUUAAAAUGAAGGGGGGUGGGCACUCGGCUCCCUGCAUGGAUUAGCUGCAGCCUGCGCCCCCCACCUCCCCAGUAUUGAGGGUAAUGUCUGCUGGUGAAUGCUGGGGGGGGGCAGGGGCUGGCCAGGCCUUAUCUAGGCAGGGGAGGCUGAGCUGGGUUCUGUCUAAGCCCCCCGGCCUGUUCUGUUUGGAAGUAACUCCCCCCGCCGAUGGCCCCCUGUUAACCCCUUGCUCAUUCACUCUGCGGCCCUUGCUGGUCUCCCCCAGGCCUUUCUGGAAAGUGGGGGUGGGGGGGUCCCUUGCCCUUCCCAAGUCUUAAGCCCAGUCCGGGGAUGGAGAGUCACGGAGCUGGAGUGAUGGUGUGGUAAUCAACCCCCUGGCUGCCCCCCAGCUCCUCAAACCACGAUAUUACGGGUACUCGCUUUGGGGCGGCUGGCGGGCGGGCCCUAGUGGAGCCCCCUUCAGAGUCCAGUCCGGCUGUGGGACAUCUGGGGCACCGCCCCCCCCCCCCCCCCCCGCCCCCCAGCCUGUCGUCCAUUCACCACAAGCACUGAAAUCAACCAACCUACCUUGGGGGGGUGGGAAGCCCUGCGAUGGAAGCAGCCUCUGUCAUGCAUUCCCCCACCCCCCGGCCCCUCGUCUUUAAAAAGUAGCCUUGUUUUUAUCAAAUAACCUCAGACCCUUUUUAUGUUGUUUUUUUGCUUUGAAAGAAGAGGUGGAUUUGAAGUCUGUUUGAACUGACUUUAUAUUAUGCAUAAAUAUUUAUAUUUUAUCUAAAUAACGGCGCGGUAACAAACUUUUUUUUGUUUUUUUUUGGGGGGGGGGGGGGGGUUGUUUGUUGUUUUUUUUUUUACUAUUUGGGAGCUGUCAGGUUUCUUUGUUUUGGUUUUUGUCAUGGGCGAGUUUUAGAGUCUCUGUAAGGGUGUGGUGGUGUUGGUUUUUAAAAAAAAUUUUUUUCCCUGAUAAGAUGCCCUGAAUUUUAAACCCUCACCCUCCCUCUUAGCCCCUGCCAUCCCUCCCCCCCCCACCCCCAAAUUACUCCAGACGUGUCUGAAAUCCCGCCAGCCCAUGCUUCCUUACAGGGGAUGCACCAGCGGGUAGAAAUCCGUUCUGGACUGAGUAAGAGAAAGGGUAAGAUGUGGAAUAUAUUUUAUUUUUUAACCCUUAAUGAGUUGGCUUUGGAAAUUACAUUUUUUUGAGGGGGGGGGAGUCUAGAACGGGCCCUCCCUCUCCCCUCCCACCCCAUCUCUGUCUGAUCAAACAGGAAGAACCAGCCGCCCUAAAAGAAAGAUAUUCUCACGUUCCCAGUAAAAGGAUCCGGACUGGCUCUCUUUUAUAUAGCCCAGCGUGGUGGUUCAGUGGCUUUUUGAUAAUGUACAGGUUUUGUGAAUUUAAAUUUCUUUCUUUCUAUAUUUUUAGGACCAAUCUCAUUUUUAAUAAGGUUUAAAGGAAAAAAAAAUAUUCUAGAUUAACUCCUGUUUGUUGCCAUGUGAUGUUCCCACAAGUGCAGCCGUAGAGAGUGCUUGUCAAGUUGCGAGAAUAAAAACAAACCCACGUUUGAUAGAGA